AUGUGUGGUGUUGCUAUGGUGAUGUCAAUCAUGUUGGGUCCUCCUCCUCUGAUCUUUCUUCUCAUGAUUCACGUAGUUUAUAGUGCUGAAGAAGGGUGGGGUGUGAAUUACAGCCCCUCAUAUAUCUGUGCACUAAAGGGUUCAACAGUGAUAAUAAACUGCACUUAUAAAUAUCCUACUGUACAUCAGAUCAUCAAGGUGUUAUGGACCAAAACUAAUGGUAAAGUAAAUGACAAGGAGUUUCCAGAUCUGUCUGAGGACUCUGAAUACAGUCAGAGGAUUCUGUAUCUGGGAAAUAAACAACACAACUGCACCAUGAGACUGACUGAUGUGAGAAAGACAGAUUCACACAAAUACUAUUUCAGAUUCAUCACUGAUAAAAACAAAUGGAUUGGUGUUCCUGGAGUGACUCUUGAUAUCAAAGAUCUUCAGUUGGAGUCUUCAGUUGAGAAAGUGAUGAAGGGACAUUCAGUGACUCUUACAUGUAAAAUCAGAUGCAGUCUGACUGACAGAUCAACAUUCAUCUGGUUUAAAAACACACAGUUAUUAAGUGAGAGAUCAGACAGAAACAAUCAACUCAUCCUGCAGUCAGUAAGAAGAGAGGAUUCAGGCAACUAUAGCUGUGCUGUACAGGGACACAAACUCACAUCACCUCAUCAAUAUCUCAAUGUCAUCUAUCCUCCAGAAGAGACUCGUGUGCUGGUGAAUCCAUCUGGUGAAAUAAUGGAGGGUGAUUCAGUGAAUCUGACCUGCAGCAGUGAAUCAAAUCCACCUGUUCAGAUCUACAGCUGGUUUAAGGUGAAUGAAACAUCAUCUGUUGGAUCUGGACAGACGUACAGCAUCACUAACAUUAACUCCAUUCACAGUGGAUGGUUUUACUGUAAGGCUCAGAAUGAAGUCGGAUCUCAAAGAUCUGAUGCGGUUUCAGUCAAUGUUAAAGGAAGUGCAAACACAGACCUGAUGACAUCAGACAAAAUCAGGUAA